AUGGUAGUGGAGGCGAAUCGAGAUGCCUCCAAGGAGUGUAUCUACAAGGCCAAUCAGGCGUUUGGGUCCGGCGACAUUGCCAGAGGGAAGAAGUUGUUGGCUCGUGCUCAGAAAUUGGAUCCCGGCUUUGAUAGUGAAGGUACGUUAAAGUUCUUGAGUUUUUGUUCGAUUUUUAGGUCAAUAAUGAGAUAUUCUACGUGAUAUAGGUAAAAUACAAGUUAGCUAUACAAUUUUGUUAAACGAUAAUAACUUUUAGCAGUUUUCUGACGGUUUAAUUGAUGUUAUUUGUUAUCGAAAUCUAGCGUGAAAUACCGUUGGAAUCUAGAGCACGUUUCUUAAAAGCCAAUUAUUGCAGAAUACCUAAGAUCCAAGGGGAUACCAUCUGAUGGAGCUCCAUCUUCACCCAACCCGCCAAAUGAACGAAGCUACUCUCACGAUGACCACUAUGAAGAACCAGAUGGGUUAAGAAACAGAAGAAAACGUUUUGAAAACCAUUUCUCAACAGAAUCUAAUGAUUCGAGGGGUAUGUGGAUACAUGUUUUUUAAACUGAAAUUGCUUUAUGAAGCAAAAAAAAUUUAAGUUAAGGUGUGUGAUAGGGCUCAAUAAGAACUUUGGUGCAAUAUCUUGUUUUUUUAUUUUAAAAAGAUGUGGACUUUUGGGUAAAAAAUUACAUUUUAGGAGCACAAUCAAGUAGAUCUGAUGCCCCGGAAGCGUCAAGAGCUAAAAGCAGUCGUAGUAGGUCGAGAUCGUUACCAAGAGCGAAUAAUCAGGAAAAUAGAGAUGAUGGAGGUCAUCAUGUUCAAAGGUAUGCUUUUUACUUAUUCUAAAGCUUCAGUCUUUUUACUGCUUAAUGAAAGAAAGUUAAUGAAUACAUUUUUUAAAUUAAAAAGGUAGUUUCGUACAUUCAUGUUAACCUAAUUUUAGAAUAAGACAUUGUAAAGACUACUAUGAGAUCCUCCAAGUGUCUCGUGAUGUCACUGAAGUUGUACUCAAGAAGAAGUAUCGAGAGUUGGCCUUGAAGUUGCAUCCGGAUAAAUGUCAAGCGCCUGGAGCGACUGAGGCGUUUAAAGGUAAUCUUUACGUUUUUAAAUUUUUAGAUUUUUUUAAAAAUGUUUUACUCAUUGAAGAGACAGUUUCACGGGUUGAAAGUUAAAUUAAAUUAUUUUUUGUUUUUUGAAGAGUUUUGAGUAAUACCACUUUGUUUUAGCUCUUGGUAACGCUUAUUCGGUGUUGUCUGAUCCUCAAAAGCGUGCCAGUUAUGAUACGAGAGGAACAGAAGAAGUGUCGCAUAGAAGAACACGAGGAUUCUACGAUUACGAUGUCAACAGGGGAUUUGAAAGUAAGUUUUUUAUAUUAAGAAAUAUCAAUUUUAAGUUAUUGUUUAUGUCAGUUUAUCUAAAAGAUAAAAAACACAAAUUUGAUCUUUGAAAACAGUAUAUUUUUACAUUUUAGCUGAAAUGACGCCUGAAGAAAUAUUCGAAAUGUUUUUCGGAGGUGGAUUUCCAGCUGGUGGAGUCUACAGAAGAAGAGCACACUUUCAUCGAGCUGAGGAGGUUCAUGAAGACAGGGUUGGUUUUUUUAGUUUUUUUUUAUUUUUAGAUUUGGAAUAGAAAACUGUUUAAGCAAAGGCUCUGGUAUUUACUUUCGAUUAAUAAUGUGUAGUUUUUUGAUUAUAUGAUCAAAAAGAUAUUUUUAAAAAUGACCUUGAUGUAUUAUUCGCAUUUUACAUAGUUUAAAUUUUUCAGGGUUUGUUCUCGAGCUUGUUACAACUUGCACCCUUGUUUGUUUUACUGUUUGGAGCCAUGUUUGUUCAAUUUUUAGCUGGAGAGCCCGCGUUUUCAUUGCGCGCCGAAGGGUAAGUAUAUAAUAUUAACAACCUCUACAAAUCUUUACGGAAAUUGCCUUUGAUUAGAGUGUAGGUUGUAGUGAUGUUUAUCUUUUUUAUAGUGCACUUGGUUUAGCGGGUUACUGCUUUUUAUCAGGUUGUUUAAAUAAUUCUGCGCCCUCAAACCAAAAAAUUCGCUAUAAGAAGUGGAACAAAGUUAACAAUUUAAUAUAUUUUACAUUUAAAAAGCAUGAUACGACAGUAUAUUCUUGUAUGCUUUAACUAAUAAUUUUAGGGGCUACACGGUGCAACGGUUUACCAAAGACUUACGAGUACCAUAUUAUGUAAAAUCGGACUUUUUGGCUCGAUACGGAGACAGGAUAUAUCAAGUAGAUGUGAAUGUAGAAGAAGAGUACAUCAGCAAGUUAAGGCUGAAUUGCUACAAGGAAAAGAAUCACCGUAAGUCAUUUUAAUUGUCGUAUAUUGUAAAGAUAGAUCUUUAGUUUUUCUAAAUGUUGUGAUAAAGAAGCUUCUUGACUUUACUUGUAACAGUAAACUACAACUGAUGAAUAUUGUGUGGUCAAAAACUACGUAGAGCUUAAUUACUAAUUUUACACAAAUUUCAGGGGAAACAGCAAUAUGGCGUGCAAAGAUGUCGGGAGACGGGAAUCUGUAUACACAAGCACAACGCAUGGAACUACCCAAUUGUAGACGUCUAGAGGAAAUAUAUCGUUAA